CCUUCCAGUUUGAUGAUUCUCAUAGUCUUUCCUCAUAUCUAUUCUAGAUUCAUAGAUUUUUAAAGCCAGAAGGGGCAAUUAGGUCAUCUAGUCUGAUCUGCUGUAUAAUGUAGGCCAGAGAAUUUCAUCCACUUGCUGCGGUACUAAACUGAAUACAUUUUGUGUGACUAAAGCAUCUUCCAGAAAGGCAUCCAGUCUUGACUUGAAGACUUCAAGAGAUGGAGAAUCCACCACUUCCCUUAAGUUUCCAGUUUCUAAACCUGAUGUGAUCUCCCAGCUGGAACAAGGGGACGACCCCUGGGUCCCAGACCUCCAGGGCUCAGAGGAACAAGAGAUCCUGAGAGGUGCCCUCACAGGUGAGGUUUUUCUCUCUCUGUCCCAGCAGGUGGUGGGAUGGUGAGUGAGACUGAGGAACAGAACCCGCAGCAGAAGGCUGCUGAGCAUGUGGAACGGCACGGGGUACUGUUGCGAAGAUCCAAACGGAAGGUGUCCAGAAGUCAUGAGCAGCAAAAAGGUGGUGAGAGUCAGCAUGGGCCAGAGAGGCAGCAGGGAAACCAGCCAGAAGAGAAAGUGGGUAAAUCCAUUAAUAGUCAGGGAACUCACAAGGAUCUCAAGGGAACCACAGGCCAGCACAGAAUCCUCACAGGAGAGAGAAAAAAAUCCUGCACGGAGUGUGGGAAAAACUUCCGUAGACGUGCAGACCUUAUUAAUCAUGAGAGAAUCCACACAGGAGAGAGACCCUAUGAAUGUAGUCAGUGUGGGAAAACCUUCACUCAGAGUUCAGCCCUUACUAGGCAUCAGAGAAUCCAUACAGGGGACAGACCCUAUGAAUGCUGCGAAUGUGGGAAAAACUUCUCUGACAGAUCAACCCUUAUUCAGCAUCAGAGAAUCCACACAGGGGAGAGACCCUAUAAAUGCAGCGAAUGUGGGAAAAGCUUCACUGACAGCUCAGCCCUGAUUCAGCAUCAGAGAAUCCACACGGGGGAGAGACCCUAUAAAUGCUGUGAGUGUGGGAAAAACUUCACUCAGCGCUCAACCCUUAUUACACAUCAGAGACUUCACACAGGAGAGAGACCUUAUGAAUGCUGCGAGUGCCAGAAAAACUUUAGUAAUUGCUCAGCGCUUAUUUAUCAUCAGCGAAUCCACACAGGAGAAAGACCCUAUGAAUGCUGUGAGUGCGGGAAAACCUUCACGGACAGCUCAACCCUUGUUACACACCAGAGAAUCCACACAGGAGAGAGACCCUAUGAAUGCCAUGAGUGUGGGAAAAGCUUCACUGCCAGCUCAACCCUUGUUACACAUCAAAGAAUCCAUACUGGGGAGAGACCCUAUGAAUGUUGUGAGUGUGGGAAAAGCUUCACUCAGCGCUCAACCCUUAUUACACACCAGAGAAUUCACAUAGGCGAGAGACCCUACAUAUGCUAUGAGUGUGGGAAAAGUUUCACUGACACUUCAACCCUUAUUACACAUCAAAGAAUCCACAGCGGAGAGAGACCGUAUGAAUGCAGUGAGUGCGGGAAAAGCUUCACUCAGAGCUCAGCCCUUAUUACGCAUCAGAGAAUCCACAGCGGAGAGAGACCGUAUGAAUGCUGUGAGUGCGGGAAAAGCUUCACUCGGAGCUCAGCCCUUCUUUAUCAUCAGAGAAUCCACAAGAGAUAGGAACACCAUAAAAACCUUGUCUAAAGCCGACAAAAGAUUUGUUUUUAUCUUUAAUAGUUUUGCUAAUUGCCACAUAGUGAACUUUAAAGCUAUUUGCACCAUUUCCUUCACUGUGGUCCCUCAGCUCCCCCAGUUGUCUGUUUUUGCCUUCUGCGGCUCCACCUUUUUGGAGUUGAAUUCCAUAGUCCUUUCUGUCAACUCCAUAGUCGUCUGGAUCAUGGGAGUUUGUGAGCCUCCUACAAGGGAUGUUCAUCACCUCCAGGUCGGGGAGAUAUACAGGUGACAUCAUCUAGCUAUAUCAAGGUAAAAUCUGCUUGGUUUCAUCCCCACUAGGAUUUUCCAUGGAGUUGGCUAGCUUGAGUUAGCUAUCAUGAUGUAAAAACCUAACCAGUCUUCCAGUAAGGACAUAACCCACGUACAGUCUCCAGGUUAUCCUCACGUCCUGACCUAACCUCCUUUUCCUAGUCUAAGCAAACUUGGAGGAGGGAUCAAAUUUAAACUCUUCUUUCCACUGCAAAAUGAUUGUUAGAGCCUCUGAGUUCACCCUUUGGCACAGAUUUGUCUCAUUCCUAGUUGUCCACAUAUUGCCUUGGGGUGUGCUGAACAAGAAUUGUUUUUGUACCCUUUUUCUCAUAUAAAAUAGAUUUAAAUUGAACAAAGAGCGAGAGUGGUGGGGGAGAGAGGGAAGUGUCAUUUCAGGCCCUGGGACACCUGAAAAAGAUCAAGGUAUUCCAUGCUUCCCCAUCACUCCAGCACUCUUACCUUCUGUCUGAGCUAAGCAAGAGUUUAUGUUCUUCACAUUUUAGCCCUCCACUCCCAAAGUGUCAUGUGAUGCAGUGUCCUCAGCUUUCAUAGUUUCACAAACUUUAAUGCCAGAAGGGACCAUCAUGAUCGUCUGGUCUGACCUCCUGCACAUUGCAGGCCAGAGAAACCCACCCACCCGCUCCUGGAACAGGCCCAUAACUGCUGUCAAGUUAGUUAUUCCACCUCCCUGAGAGGUGGUAGCCCUCCCACCCACAUAGCACUGUCUACACAGGGGAGGAAGGGUUAGGUCGGUAUAACCAUGUCGCUCAAGGGUGUGG